CGAGGAAUGCUCCCGGUCCCGGGGGAGCGGGACGAACGACGCCGAUGUUCUCCGGCUUGCCAUGACCCGGUAUCAAGACGACGGGCACCAAGGCAAGGUGCUCAUCGAUCUUUGGAGGAUUUUGAGUCGUUCCCCGAAGUGGCAACAACUCAACAAUCCCGACGGCGGAUCGUUCCGGAAAAGAUCCACCGUCGACGCCGAAGUUGAGGUCGACGAGACUAUCGGUUCUACCGAUCAAAUCCCUCCCUUCAACAUUGCGGAUUCUGAAGAUGAGGACCUCAUUCCACGUCCGAUCGGAAGAAAGAAGGCAAAAUCCAUUGCCUCUGGUUCGGGAGGGUCCGCCUCUGUUUCCGCUUCUUCCUGCGACGAAAUUGGCCGAGAAAUGGUUGAACAAUUUCGGGCGUUCAAUCUCCGAGAACAAGAGAGGUUGAAGCUAAAGGAGAAGGAGUUGAAGCUAAAGGAGCAGGAGGCCGAGAUGAAAGUCAUGCAAACCGACCCCGGGACAUUGUCGGAGAUUGGACUAAUGAUCUACAAGCAAAGAAUAAGAGAGAUCAAGGAGAAAUAUAAUUUACCUUAGUUUUUUUUAUUAAUGUAUCUUUUUUUAAAUUAUUGUCGCUUUUUUUUUAAUUAAUAUAUAUUUUUAUUAUUCGUGUUUCAAUUUAAUUAACUAAUAAAUUUAUUACAUUUUAUUAAUUUAAUUUUAGAAGAUGUAUAUUUAAAAAUGUAAAAAAUGAAGGUUUAAAGCCCCU